GAGCGCAGCGGGGCAGAGCACAGCGGCAGCGGCAGCCCCGGGACCGGCGCUGGGACCGGGCCAGGCCCCGGGCCGGCGGAGGAGGAGACCCCUUCUCUUCGCCAGCACAGCACCGUGCACCUUGCUGGGCACCCCCGCACCCCGCGCCGGGAUGGGUUGCGUGAAGUCGAAGGAAGCUGACGUCCAAGAGAAGAUGAUAAAAACUGACCCCGGCCCCAACCUCCAGCAGGGCCACUACGUGAAGGACCCCACAGCCACCAACAAGACCAGUAACGUCCCCAGCGUGGCCGUGUCCCCGCCUGAGGAUGACUCGGGGGACAGCGUGGUGCUGGCUCUCUACGACUACGAGGCGAUGCACGCUGGGGACCUGAGCUUCCAGAAAGGCGAGCGGCUGAAGGUGCUGGAAGAGGCAGGGGAGUGGUGGCAAGCGCGGUCGCUGGCAACGGGGCGCGAAGGCUUCAUCCCCAGCAACUACGUUGCCCGAGCCGACUCGCUGGAGACAGAGGAGUGGUUUUUCAAGGGCAUCAGCCGGAAGGACGCGGAGAGGCAGCUCCUUGGCCCUGGGAACGCCAUCGGGUCCUUCAUGAUACGGGACAGCGAGACAACGAAAGGCUGCUACUCGCUGUCGGUGCGGGACAGGGACGACCUGCAAGGCGGCACCGUGAAGCAUUACAAGAUCCGGACGCUGGAUAGUGGCGGCUUCUACAUCUCCCCGCGCAGCAGCUUCGAAACGCUGCAGGAGCUGGUCCAGCACUACAAGGGGCAGAGCGACGGGCUGUGCCAGAAGCUCACCCAGCCCUGCUGCGUGCCCAAACCGCAGAAGCCCUGGGAGAAAGAUGCCUGGGAGAUCCCUCGGGAAUCGCUGAAGCUGGAGAGGAAGCUGGGAGCCGGGCAGUUCGGAGAAGUGUGGAUGGCUACCUACAACAAGCACACCAAGGUGGCGGUGAAGACGAUGAAGCCGGGCAGCAUGUCCGCGGACGCCUUCCUGGAGGAGGCGAACCUGAUGAAGACGCUGCAGCACGCCAAGCUGGUGAAGCUGCACGCGGUCGUCACCAAGGAGGAGCCCAUCUUCAUCAUCACCGAGUUCAUGGAGAAAGGGAGCUUGCUGGAUUUCCUGAAGAGUGACGAGGGGAACAAGCAGCCGCUCCCGAAGCUGAUCGACUUCUCUGCCCAGAUUGCAGAAGGAAUGGCUUUUAUUGAGAAGAGGAACUACAUCCACAGAGACCUGAGAGCUGCCAAUAUUCUGGUCUCAGCAAUACUGGUGUGCAAGAUCGCAGACUUUGGCCUGGCCAGAGUCAUUGAAGACGAUGAGUACACGGCCCGGGAAGGUGCCAAGUUUCCCAUUAAAUGGACUGCACCAGAAGCCAUCAACUAUGGAUCUUUCACUAUAAAAUCAGACGUUUGGUCCUUUGGGAUCCUCCUGACCGAGAUCAUUACCUACGGGCGCAUCCCAUACCCAGGGAUGUCGAGCGUGGAGGUGAUCAGGGCCCUGGAGCACGGGUACCGGAUGCCCCGCACAGAGAACUGCCCCGAGGAGUUGUAUGACAUUAUGAUGAGAUGCUGGAAAACCAAACCGGAGGAUCGUCCCACCUUCGAGUACAUGCAGAGCAUUCUGGAGGAUUUCUUUACUGCGACAGAGAGCCAGUAUCAGCACCAGCCGUAACUCGGGAAGCUUGGUGAAGAGAGCGGAGACCCCGCGCUCUGCCUGCCGUGUUAGCGGCAGCGAGCACACGCACCCUGCUCUUCCCUGUCCCGCUCGCGAUCUGCCGGCGCACGCCUUCCUCUGCCAGCCUGGCCCAGGAGCCAGAGCCUUCCCGCUGGGCCUGGGCUGGCAGCAGCGGCCGGAGGAAGCCCCUCUGAGGCCAGCCCCCCGGACGGGGGGAGAAGCGAUGCGGGGCCAGACCUUGUGCCUUUCACACGUGCCCGAGUGCCCACGAGGCAGCUGCUCCCUGAAGCGCUGGCUGGACGGUGGUUGCCCACGGUGGAAGCACCAUGCAAAGAAGGACGGGGCCAGGCCUGUU